UUGGGACCUCCUCCUCCUUCUGUUUUUCGAUCAAACGUGACUACUCUUGUAGAAAAACUUUGACUUUGAUUAAAUAUGAAGUGAAAUAAAGUCGAGAACAUGAGAUAGUCUUUACAGGCUUAACUGUAAAGAAAAGGCGGUUUGGGGACUCCUGCUGACUGUGUUUUUUUCCAGCAUUUCUCUUUGAGGCAGAAACUGAUGAUUCUUCCUGCUCAUGUGAGGGUGAAACAUUCCCAUUAGUGUCCGACUGUGUGUCCGACUUCUAAUUCUGUACAUUAAUGUAUUAUUUAAGCCAAUGAAUGCUUUAAAGUUACUCAGUAAAUUGAGACAUUGUUAAUUCGCAACGGGUUUCAGUCCAUUAACUUUCUUUUUCCUGCUCUUGUGUAUUUUUGUUCAGUGACUGGUUCAGGGUUGGGUUUGUUGUUAUUUGCAAUUUGCAGUAGGAUGGCACAAAAGUGUUAAAGUACACAAUCUACUAAUAAUCUUACCAGCAACAUGUGAAUAGAGUGAGUGUGUGUGUGUGUGUGUACACGUCUUUAGUAGCCUGUGUGGACCAAUUGUCAAGUAAGCCUAUCUUUGUGAGGACACUUUGGUCCACACAAUUUAACACACUUUUUGAGGAUUAACGCCUGGUUUUAGGGUUAGGUUUAGAACUGGGUAAAGUUAGGGUUAGGGUUAGGCAUUCAGUUGUGAUGGUUAAAGUUUAGGUUGAGGUAAGGGGCUAGGGAAGGCAUUGAGUGGCCACACAAAGAAUGCAAAACCAGCAUGUGUGUGUGUGUGUGUCAUUCCAAAGUAAUCUAAAAUCUGUCAGCAGAGCAUGAUGUUGUACAAAACAACAACAUCAGGAAACGCUCUCGGGAGAGUGCAAACCUCAGGCGCGGCCGCUGGAAUCCCAAAUCCUGAAUCCUGAAUCCGGGUCUGGAUCCUGGUCAACAGAAUGUUUCCCUUUGCCACAACAUUUAGAUUUACGCUGCUCACAAUCACACAGACAAACAUGGGGCAAAAACACAACCUCCUUGGGGGAGCUUCAGCUGACAGAGCUCCUGGGACCCUCCUCUCCUCAUCAUGUCCCGUGAUGCAGACCCUUACAUCUUCUCCAGUGACACCCUACCCAGUGACCUGCGCUUCCUCCCUCCUCUGGCCAAUGGGCUCCUGGGCUGGAGGGUGUACGACAAUAUCAUGCACAUGGGUGGUGUGUAUAAUGGCGAGGCAGGACGUUGUCACAGAGCAGACGUCCCCUGUCCUCUGGCUGCUAAAAUGGAGUCAAAGGAUCCUGCUCAACAUGCCUACAGCUUGGACACACACACAGGCAUUUUUACACACACUCUGAGCUCAGCCGCUGUAACUGCCACACAGACUUUGUAUUCCCAUCGCUACUACCCCAACCUGAUGGUGAUGGAGAUUUUGCUGGUGCGGCAGAUGACAGCAACAGAGCCAGUAACUGUAAACCUGGUCAGUGCAUUCACACCUGAGAGCAAAGACAUUGCUUUUGAGUCUGGUCCUGAUUACAGAGGAGGGAGGUACAUCAAAGGUCAGGCAGCCUCUGCUGAGUACCCUGGUGGAUUAUGUCCCACAGUACACCUUAUCUGGAUCCCCAUACCUGAGACUCUGACUCUGCUACCAGAACGGAGCCAGUCUCGCUGGGGCUUCAUCCUGAUUGCAGACAAUAGUUUUGACUCUGCAAAGGCCAAAUUUGAUGAGGCACUGAAUCUGAUGGACACUGGCAACAUGCUUCUGUCUCACGAGAAGGCCUGGAAGGAGCUGUGGCUCCAGAGCAAGGUGGAGGUGACAGGGUCAGACAGCCUCUGCAGGGCUCUGAUUGGCUGCCUCUUCUACCUCCUCAGUGCCUUCCCCUCCAUACAUGACACAUCCAGCAGUUUUGGUGGGGUCAGUCCUGGUGGGCUGUCUAACGGUGGAGAUGGCCAGGACUACUGGGGCCAUGUUUUCUGGGACCAGGACAUAUGGAUGUAUCCUGGAAUAGCCCUUUUCUACCCCAAGUUAGCCCGGGCUGUGCUGGAGUACAGGGUGCGGACCAUAGAUGGUGCAAAAGACAAUGCCCAAAAGCAGGGAUACAAGGGAUUAAAGUUCCCAUGGGAAAGUGCUGUGUCAGGGAGGGAGGUGUGUCCAGAGGACAUUUAUGGAAAUCAGGAGAUUCACAUUAAUGGAGAUGUCACCCUGGCUUUUCAGCACUAUCUCUACCUCACUGAGGACCUGUCCAUGUUUAGAGAAGGACAUGGCAGCGAUGUGAUAUAUGGCGUGGCAGAUUACUGGGUUUCUCGAGCAACAUGGAAACCUGAGGACCAGAAAUAUCACCUACUAGGUGUAAUGCCGCCUGAUGAGUAUUAUUACAACGUCGACAACUCUGUGUACACUAACACGGUGGCCAAAUUCAGUCUGCAGUUUGCUGGCGAGUUGGCCGAUCUCCUUCAACACACUGCACCAAAGGAAUGGAAAGAAGUGGCAGAACACAUGAAGAUACCAUUUGACCAAGAAUCUGAGUAUCACCCCGAGUUUGACGGCUAUAUUAAAGGUCAUCCAGUGAAGCAGGCAGACACAGUAAUGUUGGGCUACCCUCUUGGAUUGCAAAUGUCUAAACAAGUCAGAAGAAAUGAUCUUGAGGCGUACGAGCCAGUGACAGACCCUCAAGGACCGGCGAUGACAUGGGGUAUGUUUGCGAUCGGCUGGCUGGAGCUGGGGGAGGCAGAGAGAGCUCAACUCUUACUGAAGAAGUGCUUCAGCAACAUCCAGGGCCCAUUCCAGGUAUGGAGUGAAUCAUCUGAUGGCUCUGGUGCAGUCAACUUUCUCACUGGUAUGGGAGGAUUCUUGCAAGCUGUGCUGUUUGGUUACACUGGCUUCAGAGUUCAAAAAGAAUGCCUGGCCUUUUCUGCAAUUCUUCCCAAUGACAUUUCUGAGCUCUGCGUUCGUGGUGUCAACUACCUGGGCAGCCAGAUGGACUGGCUGUUGAGGAAGGAUGAAGUUUGUAUCAUACUGAGAGAACAGACGAGAAGUGACGGCAGUGCUAAACCCUACGACCUUCAGGUUGUCCUGACAGCAUCUGGGACUGAGAUCCCUCUCACACCAGGGCAGCAAGUGACUUUUAAACGGGAACCUGGGUGUGUUCGUAAACUGGAAUCUACAUCUUUCUGCUGGUCUUUGUGAAACAAGAGCCCCUGCACUCCUCGACAUUCUCAUUAUGUAUUAUUAAAAAUGUACUUUGCAAGUUAUUUUACAUCUACACACCUUUUAUGUUGUAUCCCAGGCUUGCUUUCACUUGACUGACUGUGGACAAAAUAUUUGAUGCUUAAUAAAGAAGAACAGCAUGAAUUCUAAGUCA